AUGUCCAGUGAGGAUCUACAGGGGAAAAAUAGCACAUCCACUAAGGAACUACAGGGGAAAAUUAACACGUCCAGUGAGGAUCUACAGAGGAAAAAUAGCAUGUCCAGUGAGGAUCUACAGGGGAAAAAUAGCACAUCCAGUGAGGAUCUACAGGGGAAAAAUAGCAUGUCCAGUGAGGAUCUACAGGGGAAAAAUAGCACAUCCAGUGAGGAUCUACAGGGGAAAAUUAGCAUGUCCAGUGAGGAUCUACAGGGGAAAAAUAGCACAUCCACUGAGGAUCUACAGGGGAAAAUUAACACGUCCAGUGAGGAUCUACAGAGGAAAAAUAGCAUGUCCAGUGAGGAUCUACAGGGGAAAAAUAGCACAUCCAGUGAGGAUCUACAGGGGAAAAUUAGCAUGUCCAGUGAGGAUCUACAGAGGAAAAACAGCACAUCCAGUGAGGAUCUACAGGGGGAAAUUAGCAUGUCCAGUGAGGAUCUACAGAGGAAAAAUAGCACAUCCACUGAGGAUCUACAGGGGAAAAUUAGCAUGUCCAGUGAGGAUCUACAGAGGAAAAAUAGCACAUCCACUGAGGAUCUACAGGGGAAAAUUAGCACGUGCAGUGAGGAUCUACAGGAGAAAAUUAGUACGUCCAGUGAGGAUCUACAGGGGAAAAUUAGCACAUCUAGUGAGGGUCUACAACGUACGUCUUGUGAGGAUUUACGAGGGAAAAUUAACACAUCCAGUGAGGAUCUGCAAGGGGAAACUUAG